UCCGGACCGCCCCCCGGGGGUGCGGAUCCUGAACCCCGGGCGUUGGCGGCCCGCGUGGGCCUCGAGUAACCGCGCCUCCCGCCCCCUCGCCGCCGCCCUAUAUGUGGACUCCUGCCGCCACCGGGCCAUGGACUGCAGCCGCCGUGUCCCGCGAUGAAGCUGGCCGAGCGGUUCGUGCUGGAUGCGCUCGCCUACCUAUUGUGCGUCCUGUCCUGCCUGUGCUUCGUGGGGCUCAAGCUGGUGGGCUCGCCCUACGGGCGCUAUGCGUCCCCGCGCUCCGCCUUUCGGCUGCCCGCGCGGGCCGCCUGGGCGAUGCAGGAGCUGCCCUCGGUGGCCGUGCCGCUCUUCGUGUGCGCCGGAGCGGCGUCCGAGCGCCUCCAACGCUGGCCCAACCGCAUCCUCCUGGCCAUGUUCCUCGUCCACUACGCGCAAAGGUCCUUGAUUUUCCCAUUUCUGAUCCGAGGAGGAAAGCCAAUGCCAUUGUGCUUGAGUGUGCUGGCAUUCAUGUUCUGUACCUAUAAUAGCUACUUGCAAAGCAGAUACUUGAGCCAAUACGCUGUGUAUGCUGAUGACUGGAUCACUGACCCCCGAUUCAUAACAGGUUUUGUCCUGUGGUUAGUAGGCCUGCUGAUAAACAUCCAUUCAGAUCAUAUCCUAAGGAAUCUCAGGAAACCAGGGGAAACUGGGUACAAAAUACCCAGGGGGGGCUUAUUUGAGUACAUAAGUGCAGCCAACUACUUUGGAGAAGUCGUGGAGUGGUGUGGCUAUGCCCUGGCCAGCUGGUCUAUCCAGGGCGGGGCCUUCGCUCUGUUCACAUUCUGCUUUUUAUUCACCAGAGCACAGCAUCAUCACCAGUGGUACCUUGAGAAAUUUGAAGAUUAUCCGAAGUUCAGAAAAAUUAUAAUUCCAUUUCUGUUUUAAGUCAGUUGUCAAUGGAAUUAUCUUCCACUUAAAGCUUUUCGAUGAUGUUUCUUUGGGGAUCAUGUAAAUGAAUUAUUUUUCUGUAAUUUUCGUGCUGCUUAAUCUUUUUUAAGAUUUGUUCCAGGAAUUUUUUUUUCUAGUAAAUUUGUAAGCUACCUAAUAAGAAACUACUGAAACUGAAAUGCAGGUUGAAGUAUUACCCUGCAUAUCAGGUCAGGAAUCUGGGACUCUGGGUAAUUACUGCUGAUUGUUUUUCUGAUUUUGGAUUUGCCUCUUGGGUCUGUGUACAGCUAAAUGUGCGCAAGACCAGAAUUUACCAGGCGUCUUUGGUGGCCUCUAUGGACCGAAACAUUUGACUCCCCCUUCUACAACUCCUACAACAAUUGGUUCAAGGUCAAAGGCGAUGUUGUCCCCUC